UUACGCGCUAUAUUGGCAAAACACAAAAAUCGUCACAUUGCGAUUGCAAAACGUUUACAUAGGCUAAUUUAAUUUCUGUACAGAAUCAAGAUAAUUAAACAGAAAUGGCUGAAGAGGAACAGAUGCCAAUCAUCCCCGUAAAGGAACCGCUGGAUUUGAUACGCUUAAGUUUGGACGAGAAAAUCUAUGUUAAAAUGCGAAACGAGCGUGAACUGAGAGGACGAUUACACGCAUUUGAUCAACAUUUGAAUAUGGUACUGGGUGAUGCGGAAGAAACGGUAACAACUGUGGAGAUUGAUGAAGAAACCUACGAAGAGGUGUAUAAGACCACGAAGCGCACCAUUCCAAUGUUGUUCGUUCGAGGGGACGGCGUCAUUCUGGUUUCGCCUCCCAUGCGCGUAGGAAGCUAAACCUAGAAGUUCGGAUCGCAACAAGUAAGACAUCAAUAAAUUAAUCAUAAAUGAUUUAACAUUGCUCG